AAAAAGGUUAAUAAUUAUGCAAGAUUAAAUCAAAAGCUGAAGUUGGGAAUUCUCUAAAAAAAUCUGAGAGCUUAAAAGCAUCUCAGUAUCAGUUGAAGGUGUGGUGCCAAAAUGAGAAGUAGAAAUAAAAUUGCUUCAAUUUGUAAAAAGGCUUUCAGGUUAACUUGCGAUCUGGGCUUUUAUUUUGAGAAUCUGGCACAUUUUGGGACCUUCACGCCAAGUUAAUUUGCAAUCUGGGCUUUUAUUUUGAAAAUCUGACAUGUCACGGGGCCCUUGUGUGGGCGAUGAAACAAUCAGGUGGCUUUAUUUUGAAAAUCUGGCAUGCGUUGGGGCCUUCAUUUGAACAUAAUUUGCUGUUGGGGUCUUUUAUUUUGAAACGCUGCUGUGCUUUGGGGCCUUCAUGUGAGCCUAAUUUGCAAUUAAUGGCUUUUAUUUUGAAAAUCCAGCACAUUUUGGGGCCCUCGUGAAGUUAAUUUGUUAUGUACAAAUGUACAUUGUGCAUCCACACAAUGAGUCAAAAAAGGAGCUAGGACACAAAAUGUAUUUGCACAUGCAAAUGAUAAGCCAAAACACAUUAAUUUGGCACAAGAACAAUCUGAAAAAAAUGCAUGUACAAAGGGGCACAUUACAAUACAAGGUUUUUCGGUGUUUUUUGUAUGGCCUUUAUUUUGUAGCUUCCUCUAAGAAGUAAGUAUUUUAGUUUAAAAGGACGGUGGCCAGAUGUGUAAAGAUAGGAUUGACGGUAACAGAAAAGUAACAAAGAUAAAUAUAUGUAACGAAUGAAGCAAAUGUGUUUGGUGUGAAAUGGUAUUGAUACUGGAGAAGUUUAGGAUCUUUUUUUCUUUUUUUUUAAAACUUACGUGUUGGCAAUCUAAAGCUCUUACAGGGGUUAUAUUAAUUUAAAAUCCCCAGGAUACAUGAACAACAUACUAACAUUACUUCAGUAAAUUACAGCUUUACAUUCUGAAGGGAAGCUGACAUUUUUUUCCACUGUGAUUUUAGUGGCAUUGAGUAGUUUUAGCACUGGAGCAAUAAUAAUGCAGGGGGUCACAUUUGUGAAAGAGCCCCAACAGGUGACACCCUUUAUCUGUUCGGAUGAUAAAUAACAACACAUUUGCGUUACCUUGAGCUACAGUGACUCCUCCUUGUUCUGUUACCUUACCACCUUUACGUCACGUUUAUUGUUGCCAUUCUGAAUCAUAAUUGAAUGUGCUGCGUUUAAUCUCAGCGCGUAAAGGCAGCAUCCCUCCCUCCUUCCCUCUGUGCUGACAGGUAUUUUAGGGCCAUGGCCUUCUGUAGGCUUCAGUUGGGCUUUCGACAGCAGUUCAAGUUGAUGUUUUUCGCAGAUUAAAACUUUGCAGUGACCAGCCCAACGUGCCAAAAGGAGGGGACUACAAUCAGCGGUCCGACCGGUCUCCCACAUCAGCUCUGCAAUCCUCAGCCAGCGUACAGACUGCAUGCAGCAGUCCGCCGCUCCGCCUGUGCGUCUCUGUCGCCAGUCAGCUCUCGCAAAGUCCCAUCUGAAAGGAGAAAGUGCCAGUGUGUGUUUCCAUCUGAAUACAUGUCUGUCUCUGUCUGUCACCAUGAAGCACCAGUCUAUCUCCCGGUGGCUGAGCCAGCUGGGACUGCCACAAUACUGCACAGCGCUGGAACAGGAAUAUGAUGGUGUAGAGGACCUGUUCCAGCUCUCAGAGUAUGACCUCUUGGAGCUUGGUGUCCAUAAUCACCUCCACCGCCUGCACCUUCUCACUUCUUUACGCCUCCUCCAGGAGCGGGAGAGGAGGAGAGAGUUGAGGAUGAUGACAGAGGGGCAUUUUGCGAGUCUACCCAGGUCUCUCCAUACACACCAGACCCUGGGAGGAGGCACGGUACACCCUGGAGUCCCCUCCACCCCCCUUGGUGGCCCCAGUGGCAGCAGCUGCUCCUCCAGAAGGCUGCAGGCCUCCCUCACCUCCUCCAUGGACCUCCUCAGCUCUCGACCCGGUCUCUCUCCAGCGCAAAGCACCAGCCCGUUAGAGCCGCCAGCUGCUGCCUAUCAGCCAGUCUCCAUUCAUGGGACUCUGCCUCGACGUAAGAGAGGAGGGACCAGCCUCACCCAUGGGAGCUACACCUGGGACCCCAGGGCCAACCGCACACAGCCAUUAGUUUGUGAGAACACACCACUGGCUCCAGGGCAUGUCUGUCAGCCCAUGACCUCUCCGCUGGUUCAAAAUAUCAUUGAUGACUUUCAUGGUUACAGGGAGCCUGCAGCCGGCCCAGAAACCACAGCGGACUAUGUUAAGUUCUCCAGAGAUCAGUUCAUCCUGGACUGUCCUUCAGAGAAACUUCGCAGAGAGCUGGAGGUGGAACUGAAGAUGAACAGUGAGGAGCCGAGAAGUCACGCAUGGUACCACGGAGCAAUACCCAGACAGGUUGCAGACAACCUGUUGCAGCGUGAUGGAGACUUCUUGAUUCGUGACUCACUGUCCAGCCCAGGAAGUUAUGUUCUGACCUGCCAAUGGCGAAAUGCUGCUCAGCACUUUAAAAUCAACAAGAAGGUAGUGACGCUGAAUGAAGCCUACUCCCGAGUCGAGUACCGGCUGGAAAGAGAGGGAUUUGACAGUGUCCCUGCACUUAUUCGAUACUAUGUCGGCAACAGAAAACCCGUCUCACAGGUGGUGGGAGCCAUUAUCUUCCAGCCAAUCAACAGAGAGCUGCCGCUACGCUGUUUGGAGGAAAAGUACGGAAUAGCCAGCAGCCCUCGAGAGGCGGGGCCCGUGGCGCAGGAGAGACAGAAACGUCUCAGCCUCAACAUUACCAACGGAAACAUACACGACAACACGCACAUCGUGCGUGACAGCACACACUGCCAGGACAACGGCACGGGCCGAGGCAGCCAGCUCAGGUUGAAGGAUCGCUGUGGCAGCCAACCAGCGAGCCUCAAUCAGGUGCAGGAAAGGCGACGCCCACUCAAGGCGCACCAAUCAGAGAGUUUCCUUCCUCUUGGAUCAAAACCACAGCUCCAGCAGUCUCCUGACCCUCUCCUCCCCAGCCCUAACCUCAAGUCUGCAGUGUUUCGGACAGGCAGUGAGCCAGCACUGAGCCCAUCUGUUCCACGGAGGUCAGCAGAGCCUCUCACAGGCCAGGCCAUCAGGGGCUCUGACAGUCAGCUCUGUCCUAAACCACCACCCAAACCCAGCAAGGUGCUAGUGCCUCGGCUGCCUCGCUCACCUGGCCUUCAGCCCCUGGUUCCUCCCUCCAGCCACACAGAUUCCUCCUCUACCUCCUUCGGGCUCACUGCUUCUCCUCUGGAUUCCACGUGUACGGAAACACCUGCUUCUACAUGGAGGAGUGGAGCCAGCACCGUCCCUCCUGUGCCACCAGUGAAGCCCCUGAAGUUUCACCACCAGCUCCUCGCUGCAGACUACCACAGCCCCUCCGGUUCUGUAGCUUCAUCACCUGAACCGAUUCAGUAUCCAGACCCUGAGGCAAUCUCAGGACAGACUGAACAGCCGCAGCUGAGCUCUGCACACUUAGGGCCCCACAGCCUGCUGGAGUGGGAGGAACUAAAUUCACCAAACUCCAUUGCAGACAACAGCCUGGACAUUCAGCCACCGCUCUGCAGCUACGUGGAGAGACUUGGUAGAGAGGAGGCGGCGGCAGGACAGAGAGGACUGGACAGAAGUUCCUACCAUCACGCCAUCGCAGCCUUAGAAAACACCAGUGAGGAAGAGGAGGACGACGGAGGGAAGGAGGAGGAGGAUGAGCAAGAAGACAAGGGGAGGGAGAAAGGAAGGAGCAGUUUCCAGCGGCCGGUCAUAGAAACCGAGUCGACUUUCAGACCAGCAGAGUUCGGAUCUCGACUUCUGCCGCCAGAAAACAAACCGCUUGAGAUGGUGGUGCUGAAGAGAGCGAAGGAGCUGCUGCUCAGCCACAGUCACCACAGUAUAGCCAGACACCUGCUGAUGGCCGACUGCCAGGUUGCAAGGAUUCUUGGAGUGACUCCAGAGCUGAAAGGUCAGAUGGGCGUGACGUCUGGCCUGGAGCUGGUGACGCUGCCACACGGUCGACAGCUCAGACUGGACCUGAUGGAAAGACACCACACUAUGGCGAUAGGCGUUGCUGUGGAUAUUCUGGGAUGUACAGGCAGUGUGGAGGAGCGGGCGUCUACAUUAAAUCGCAUCAUCCUAGUCGCGUUGGAGCUGAAAGACACGGUGGGCGACCUGUUUGCUUUCACAGCCCUGAUGAAGGCUCUGGACCUGCCACAGAUCAGUCGUUUGGAGGAAACCUGGACGACUCUACGAAGGAACUACACACAGACCGCCAUCAGCUAUGAGAAAACACUCAAACCUUUCUACAAGAAUCUGUACGAAGGCACAGCCUCCUCUCCACCAGUGGUCUGCGUCCCCACCCUGCUGCCUCUCCUCACGUUGAUGGAACGUCCGUCGGUUACACCCGAGGGGCCGGAGCUUUGGGAGACCAGCGACCAAGGCUGUGACAUCAUGCUGCACCACUUGGAGGCUGCACGCCAGGUCGCACACAACACUCAGACCUACACAUCCAAUGCACAGGAGAUCUUGCAAGGGUUUCAGUGUGAUGAAGACCUGCUUGAGGUGUUUAAGACGGACUUUCAGCUGCGAUUGCUGUGGGGAAGCCGCGGGGCUUCAGUCAACCAGACGGAUCGCUACAGCAAAUUCAACCUCAUCCUCACUGCGUUGUCACGGAAACUGGAGCCACCACCCAAAACACAAACCUUAAUCUGAGCAACACCGCUCAUACAGACUCCUUUUCACUCAGCAGAGCAGAGCAACAUGCCUCCAGAUGCAUCAGACACCAGCUCUGAGAAAAACACACAAAGCACUAAGUUACAAACAAUCAGACAGCAGCCUGUUGUCAUCAACAUACAACUUCAGUAGCUGUAGUUGCCCAGAAACCAAUAAACUCACUAGGUAACCAAGCAGCUUUACAGCCAGUGAAACUGUACUGCUCAUUUUGAUGCCUGUGGAAACAGUAUUUCUUCAGACAAAUGGAAGUCUGAUGACAUACUUUGUUUUUAUUUGUUUAAUAUUUUACACAGUCUGCUAAAGAAUUUUGUCUUUUUUGUUUAUUCAGUCAAAUUUCAAGUCAUAAAUCACAAAUUUUGCUCAAUGGUCUUUACAAUCUGUAGAGCAUAGGACACUCUUUUUCUUUAGACCCUCAGUUCAUAUAAAGAAAAGCUCCACCAAAAACUCAAAACAGCUAAAGCCUCAGGGCAACUGAGGAGAAAUCGUCAGGAAAAGGGAGGACAAACUUUUUUUUUUAUUUUUUAUCCAUUUUAAGAUGAGUAUGAAACAACAAAAUGUGAGAAACUUGAAAGGAUCUGAACUUUCCGUAGUGACUGUAGGUG